GACCUGCAACUGCAAGUAAACGGCCUGGUCAAUAUUCAUGAUCGACUGAGACUGACCUAGCUUAACUACUAGUAUUUCAAUGGCGAAAUAUUUAUGCACAGCACUUUUCUCUCACAACCCUCAUCUCCAACCAAGCCUUCUACUCUGCUCUGUCAAGGCAACAACCAUGGCGUAUCAAUCAAUAUCGCUCUCUUCCCUUUAUCUUCUCUUCCUCCUUCCCAGCCUUAUAAGCGCCAUCUCCUCCUGUGGAGGUCCAUGCCAGACCAGCGAUGAUUGUGAUGGCCAGCUAAUCUGUUCCAACGGUGGAUGCACCACUGAUCCCGACGCCGGCACAACGGAAUCCCCGCCGGUGACGUCCUCCACAGAAGCCAUCCUCACCAACAACGACUUCAGUCAAGGUGGCGAUGGUGGGGGACCCUCCAAAUGCGAUGAUAGCUACCACAAUAACAGUGGACUCAUCGUUGCGCUAUCUACUGGGUGGUAUGCUGGUGGUAGCCGAUGUGAGAAAAUGAUCCGAAUCACAACCCAAUCUGGAGCCAGUGUGACGGCCAAGGUGGUGGACGAGUGUGACUCUGUGAAUGGCUGCGACGCCGAGCACGCGAACCAGCCUCCGUGCCGGAACAACAUCGUCGAUGCAUCGGACGGCGUGUGGAAUGCUCUGGGGCUCAACAUAGACGAUGGUGAAGUGUCGGUGACAUGGUCCAUGGCUUAGAUGAGGUUCAGUUUGAUCUGCUCGUCUGUGUAGUCCUCUCUGUUACGUUGCAAAUAAAUAGGGAACUAAUAGUGUUUAAUUAGGUUUUCUAUCUUCUUGUUUGGAUCUCCUAGAGUCCUCGGAGAUUUGUGCUCUCUAAUGCUGUGCUUGGUUUUAUAGAAAAUAAAUGAGAAACAAAAAGGUGGGUGAAAUUGUUUA